AUGUCGACUUUUCCUGGAGAAGAUACGCGCAUUCCCAAGAGGAUAUCCGAGGCCCUGUCGCACCAGCCCCUGAACCACCUGGUACCAAAGAGGGAGCUUAGUAGACUACUUUCAAAGCCGGUCCAAAUCUCUGUGCAGCUGGAAUCUGAAGACGCCUUUGAAGAAGUACCGGAGGAGCUAUGGCAGUACCCCCAUCCCAUAGACCUGGACCCGCUGAGACUGGAAGAGUCGCAGCCACUGAGAUUCAGACGGCCAAGGGGGGCACGACUGGACUACAGGGAGGACUCUAGCGAGAUUGCGGAUCUGCCGGGCAUGGGCCAACUGGCCAGGGCAUGUCUAUCAGGCACGCAGCUCGUGGAUUCUGCCGCGAUAGUAGAGAGUAUAGAGAGCAACGCGAAAAAGAGGAAGCAGACGCUUGCAAUCGGAGAUGUCGAGAUGGUUAGCCCCGACAAGAAAACCAAGGUCAUGGCUUCCGUCAGCCCUGUAUCGUUGAACCGCGUUGCGCUUGGCAGUCAACAUCUGAAAACGCUUGAGAGGCUCAUGCAGUAUAUCGGAGCGGAUGAAUCUAGUGCGGAAUUCGGCGAUUUUGAGUAUUGGAUCACCUUAGAAGACAGGGCUACUCACAUACUCUCAGAGCAGUGCAUAGACAAGUUGCACAUUGUCUUCCGGAACAUACUCAGCAUCCCUGCAGUUUGGACCGAGUUGGAUGUCUCGCUGUUGCAGAGGAUUAUGGAUGUCUGCGUAAGUACCAUCACAAUAUGCCUGGAGAAAAUUGAACUCAAGGAGUACUCACAUGACUACACCCUCAUAGCCUUUGGCUCCUCGAUGGUCGUGUUCUUUAUUUUUCUUUUGGAUCAAAAUGAUAGAAGACUGCAGCUUGAACAGUAUAUGAUGGUACCCUUACAAUUUCUUACGUUCACGGCAGACAACCUAGAAGAGGAAUUUGACCGUGGGGGCAAUGGCGUUGAGCGUUCAUUAGCGAUGCUACAUUCUACAUUGGACGUGUUUUAUAUGUAUAUUUCCAAUAAGCCAAAGCUAGAUGAUGGACUGGUCGUAAAGUUGGUCUAUAUGUUUACUGAACUGAUCAUGUCGACUUGGUCGCACAAUGUCAGUUCUGUUUCUCUGCAAAACCAUAUAGGGAAUGUGAAGACAAUUGGUAUGAAGUCAAUUGAAGUCUUGUUCGAAAAACUACCCGAACAACGCUUGUUCAUAAUCGAUGAGUUACUUUCACAUCUGGAUAACCUACCGAACACAAGAUCGCAGAAAAGAAUGAAAAACAUUGGGAAAAAUCUCCACAUUACUCACUUUUCAUACAUCAUGCUUUCUAUUCUCCAAGUCUGGAACAACUAUGAUUACUGUUCCAACUUGGUAAGCCCAGAUACUGAACAACUACAUGACUUGAUCGCACAUCAUGCCGCUACUCAGUCAGACCUAGAGUUUGCAGCUGAUCAUAUUAUAGAUACCAUUUUGAAAAAGUGUUUUUCCAAUAUAUCCAAAUAUCGCUUUGUGUUUGACCAGUUUGUGACCGACAUGACCACUGUUGUCACACUUCCAGAUUGGCCUGUGUCUGAUCUCAUAUUAGCGCGUCUCCUGAAAAAAUUGCUCUCCAUCUUUAAUCCCCAAAGUCAAAAGCAUAUCAACAUUGAGUCAGUCGCUCUCCAAGGAAUUGGCUUAAUCGGUAGUACUAUAUUGGAUAUUAGACUGUCAAGCAACUCAAAUCCAACAGCUAACCUUAUCCAUCUAUUCAAUUAUCCAGAGGAUAUAGAUGGAUUGUUUAAAGCGUACCGCACGUGCCUUGCAUACUGCACCAAUUCUGUUCAGCAUCAUACUCCAUACAAGUUCCUAUGGUGUAAGCAGCUUGAUGUUCUAACCAAAUUGAAAGAAAUGGACAAAGAAUCACAGGGAUGGGGGAGCAAACUGCAGCAGAAGUUUCUGUCUCUUAUUGAAUCUAUACAUCUACCAUUGGAACAGGCUGCAAAUUUGGGCGCAGUUGAAAUUCUACCCACCUAUUGUUCCACUUUACUGACCUCAGAACUGAUAAACAUGUAUGAACCUUAUUUGAAGCUGGUGUUGUCAUUGUUAGAGAGGCAUAAAGUCAAGCUGCGGUCGGGUGCAAUCCGCUGCCUAGCUUUGCUGAUCUCCAAAGAUAAGAAUAUGUUAUACACGCCAAUUGUCAAGGAGACUAUUGAGAAUCGUCUAACAGAUUCUUCGCCUUUAGUCAAGGACGCAAUCCUAGAGUUAAUUGAAUUGGGGUCAAGUUAUAUUGAUUUCUAUCAGCAUAUCAAUAUCAACUAUAAUGACGACAGUAUGCUUGUUCGAAAGCAUGUUUUGAGGAUGAACCAGAUAAUAUAUGAUGACACUGAAGAUAUAAUUAUAAAGGCAUAUGUUGCAAGCCGAAUAUUGCGGCGAAUCGAGGAUGAGGAGGAUGUUAUAAUUGAGACAGCACGGUCUGAGUUAUUGAAAAGAUGGAUAUUAUCCAUUCAGUGUCCUAACGCCAAGCCGGAACUUCAGAUAAAGAAUUGUAGGGUUUCAAUCCGCGUAAUAGCACAGCUCUUGGUUGGUGGUGAUAAAAUAUGUGACUUAUUCGAGCAUUUCCUCAUUUUUUAUGUCCUGAAUAAGAAUGCGCACACCGAAGACCAAAAUAAGCUGAUUUCGAGCAGUCUAUGCUUAUUGACCGAUCAAGUUAUUGAGAUGGUUAUCGAAAAUGAAGCUGCUGACGUUGAUAAUCAAAGGGAAGAAGAAGGGAGGAAUAUUAUGAAGUUCCUAUCAGUUCUAUCUUCAUGCCAGGAUUCUUUUAUUACAAAAGAUCACAUCACAGCAUUGUAUCCAUAUUUACAUUCCGAUACAAAGUCUGAUUUCCAAUUACACAUUUUGAAAGUUUACCGUAAUACAUUUGAGCAACUCUCACAUUUCAAACCAAAGUUCCUAUAUGACCUGGAGACUACGAUACUUUCUAGACUACCUAGGAUGAACGUACGUGAGCUCGAUGAGGCGAUUCCUCUGUCAUGGUCACUAUCCAGACAUCGGAAAGACGACACUAGGAUUUGUAAAGCUUGUGCAUCUUGUUUGGGCCAAUUAUCACCGUAUAUUGCGAAUGCUACGACAGAUCCAUCGGCAGUCAGGCCUGAUGGUAAAUUACAAAGGUUGCUUUAUUUAGCCACAGGAUUUGCCCGAUUCUGCAGUUUCGAAAAUACGGAAGGUAAAUUUCCAAACUUAAAAACCAGAGAGAAUAUAUUCGAGUACGUUACAAAAUGUCUGCUCAUGUUCACCAAAGAGAAUAUUCAUCAUGUAAUCAGAAGAAUAGCGACGAAGAACCUCGUAAAAAUAGCAUCCAGGUACCCGAAGCUAUUCAAUUCUCGCCAUGUGUUGACAGUUCUAGAUACCCAGUUUGAAAAGGGGAUCUUAGAUAUACAACUUGUGGUUUUGGAGUCGCUUUAUGAUUUUUUUCUGGCUGAGGAGAGAAGGUCACUGAUUCAAGUAGGCGUUGACGGUACUAUUUCGUCAAAUAACGAGUUAAGAAAAGUUGUUGCAAAUCAUACAAAAUCGGACUCCAUUAAUGAUGGUAUAUGCUCCGCCUUGGUCUCUAGGUAUUUGGAUAAAAUCCUGAAGAUUUGUUUGAUCGCAGAUUUGAAUAAUGCUAUGGUUGCCAUCAGAUUCCUAAAACAAAUCCUAACUUACGGCUAUACCAAUCCUUCCCUCUGCGUUCCUACUGUUAUAGCUUUAACGGCUUCACCGAACAGUUACAUGAGGGACUUGUCGUCUGAGAUGUUCUCCGAGCUUUUGCAGGGCUAUGAGAGCAUGGCAUUCAACUGUUUAAACCAAGGCAUUAGACUUGGCACAGAAUAUGCUGUAAAGAUUCGGCCAAAGCAAUUCCAUGAAGAUUCCAUGUUUCUCAGAAGGCUACAACAGUUGAUGUCUACUAAUAAGAGAAAUCGGAGCAAGUUUUUGAAGGUCGUCAAGAAAACAGUUUUCUCUAAUUACUUGUCGACUAGUGUGAAUUAUGAGGAAAGUUGUUACCACAUCAUUUACUUACUACACAACUUGUCAAAGAUAUCGUAUGAUAACAUGUUAGAGCUUUACGAAAUGCUGCGUUCUGUGAUCUCCGUGUCGGAAUAUUUUAGCGACAGAAUAUCCGAACGGUUAGAUGGUUUUCAGAGCAACCAAAAUACAGCCGCCGAGGUAUCGGCUAUCAUAGUUACGCGUCUUUCCAUCGAAGAGUUUAAGCGGUUUAUGUUUGAACAACAUCAUUUAUCGGAGGCGAAGUUAACUUUGCUUGAUGCUACAGAUGAUGAAAACCUCAGGAACAAAUCGGUAGCUGCUCUCGAUGAUCAGGUAGGAAGCCUGCAUAUGGAAAACAUCUUCCUUGGGUACGAAAAUCCGAUCAAUAAUAAAGAUUACUGUUGGAAGUAUAUCAGCACAUUGCAUAGAGAUGAAAUUUAA